AUGCGAUCUUGGUAUAAUUUGGCCUUGAUAACGCUGGGUGUUUGCAUUAUAUACAAUACCUUGGUUACAGCCGAUGCACCGCCUCAUGUUCAUCAGUAUUGGCGUAAUACAAAUAUGGUUCGUACGAUAGACCUCUCUUCGUAUGUCGUUCGGGAGUCCACCGCAAUCGCUUCGCAAAAUGUCCACACUGAACCAGUAGGAGAAUAUUACUUUCCUAUUCCAGGUGGUUUGGCUGAGAAUUUAGCAUAUAUUGAAGUCAAGGAAAAAAAAACUGACAAGCUUUUUGAGGUUGAAAAAGUUGGAUCCGUUUCUGUAAAGUGGGUAUCUAAUCUUUUCUUACCGCGAACUGUGGACAUCCAAACCCAAUACUACAAAAUUUACUUUGAUCAUCGCAUUGAUCCACAAGAGAAGGUUUUAUUCAUCGUAAAAACAGCUUACAUUCAUGUGUUGACCCCUUACCCAUUUGAAAUUGCUCAAACUGGAAGACAAAACUUGAUAUAUCGUGGAAAUAUUUACGGGAACAGUGCAUAUUAUACGGAAAAGCAGAAGACCAAUGUCAAAUUGCCUACCUACAAUAUAAUAGGAUAUACGCAGAAAUCUGGCUCCGUGAGUCGUAGUGCCAACAUUAUCACCUAUGGAACAUUCAACAACCAGGAGCCUAGUGCGUUCGACGAGCUCUCAGUACACUAUGAAUUCCAACAGCCAAUUUUGACUGUUAAAGGUUUAAGGCGUGAUUUAGAAAUUAGUCAUUGGGGCGGAAAUUUGGCAGUUGAGGAACAUUUCAAUUUGACGCAUGAUGGAGCAAAGUUGAAGGGUCAGUUCUCACGUUUGGAAUAUCAACAAACACAAUAUAUUCAUCACGAAACUACUAUGGCUCGUGAUUUCUCAAUAAAUUUACCAGUUCACGCGUCGGAUGUAUAUUAUAGAGACGAGAUUGGCAAUGUAUCAACUUCACGAUUGAGAAACGAACGAGACACAACAGUUUUAGAAUUUAGACCGAGAUACCCACUUUUUGGCGGUUGGAACUACACAUGGUAUUAUGGAUAUAAUGUUCCUCUUGGAGAUUUUUUAAGGUACCAUAAGAGUGGACGAUACAUUUUGAAUAUACCCUUCGUUAACCCGUUACAUAACGCGGCUUUUGAUCAUGCACAAGUUAGAAUCAUUCUACCCGAAGGAGCAAGCAAUGUUAAAGUGGAAGCGCCAUUUCCAAUAAAUAGAGAAACUCAUGGAGUGCAUAGAACGUAUUUUGACAGUAAAGGGCGUUAUCUUGUUGUUUUAGAUAAAUUUAACGCAGUCGAUGAACAUUCAAAAAAUUUUCAGGUUUCUUAUGAAUACAAUUCUCUAGAAUUGCUAAGGAAACCAUUAAUAGCCACCACCUUUAUUUUAUGUGGAUUUUUAUUAAAUAUG